UUGCAGAUCAGCCAAUCAGUUUACUCCAUAUAUGGCAAGUUGUAUUGCUUGGCGCUUUUGUUACUUGGCUAAACACCGCAUGUCGUGGAUGCUGUGUGUGGCAUCUGGUACGAGGCGAGCAAAUUUUCCCAGGGACAUUUUCACCUAUUUUAGCCGAUUUGACCACCUUUGUCGAAUAUCAGAUACUGUAGUGUGAUUCCAGGUACAUUAGGAAUAUCGACGAUUGAGAAUUCUUAGAAAUAAUCCAGCAUCGAUAGGUUAAUUUGGCUGUGAAGUUCAAAUCGCUGCACAAAGAAAGACUCGAGCUUUGGUGGGAAUAUCCGCCCUGUCAUUGAAGCGGUGGUGUUUUACAAUAUUUCACUGAUCUAAGGGAUCAAGCUAUCACACGGGCAGCCGGGAUGUAUCCCAAUAGACAUCCGGCUCCCCAUCAGCCGGGCCAGCCGUUCAAAUUUACGGUGGCCGAAUCAUGUGACCGUAUCAAAGAGGAAUUCAGUUUCCUUCAAGCCCAAUACCACAGUUUAAAAAUGGAAUGUGAAAAACUAGCCCAGGAGAAGACUGAGAUGCAGAGACAUUAUGUUAUGUACUAUGAAAUGUCCUAUGGCUUGAAUGUGGAGAUGCAUAAACAGACGGAGAUUGCCAAGAGGCUGAAUGCUAUCCUGGCGCAAGUUAUCCCGUUUCUGUCCCAGGAGCACCAGCAACAGGUGGCAGCAGCAGUCGAGCGGGCCAAGCAGGUCACCAUGGCAGAAUUAAAUGCUAUCAUAGGGGUAGGUGGUGACAAACACUUUUUGCAACAGAUGCAGGCCCAACAUUUACCACACGCUCACGCCCCACCCCUGAGCAGCCUGCCCCCACCCCCAGCAGGGCUCCACCCAGGACUGCAGCCACCCCUGCCCCCCAGCAGCAGCGCGGGACUCCUGGCUCUCUCGGCCGCAGCACAUCCAUUAUUAAAGGAAGAGAAACCCCCAGCAAGUGAAGACAGACAUAGAAAUUCUGCUUCCCCAAGUGACAGAGAUAAGUAUCGCAACCGCAGCAUCUCUCCAGAUAGACAUGAGUCAAAGAAAAGAAGAACUACAGAGGAUAAAGGAAACGAAAGUGAUGGUGACAAGAGUGAUCAGGAUUUAGUUGUGGAUGUUGCAAAUGAGGAUCCAGUAUCGCCCCUGAAUGGGAAGAGGUCCCCACGUGAGAAUGGGCCAGACAAGCCCCACAAGGACCCGAGCCAGGGAAGUCCUCACAGUGAUGCCUCCUCACAUGCCAGCACGUCAUCCUCAAAGCACAAAGAUCAGCAACAUGAAAAGCCAAGCACCCCAGUUUCCAAAGCAGCAACUCCAACAAGCUCUGGCAGUGCUACCCCAGGCCCUUCCAGUGGUGGACUUAAACCUGUGGCCAAGCCUCCUCUGGUUGCCUCUGCUUUACGCACCCCGAUUUCCUCCAUGUCAGGUCCGUAUCCAUUCAUGCCCCACGGGGUGCCCCACAGUCUGGCAGCAGCGGCCGAGCUGAGCCCCGCAGCGGCAGCCUACAGCACCAGCAUGCUGGCGGCACACAACAAUAUCUCUCCUAGCUCACUCAAUAACUACCCCAGACCUCUGGUGAGUAGUCCAGGAACUGCUGACCGCCUUGCCGCUGUUGGGUUUGAUCCACAUGCCCAUAUGAGAGCCCCAUCUCUGGGUAUACCUGGAGGGAAGCCAGCAUAUUCCUUUCACGUGAGCGCAGACGGCACCAUGCAACCCGUGCCCUUUCCACCAGAUGCCCUUAUUGGUCCAGGAAUCCCUCGCCAUGCCCGGCAGAUCAAUACCCUGAACCAUGGAGAAGUGGUGUGCGCAGUCACAAUCAGCAACCCAACAAGACACGUCUAUACAGGAGGAAAGGGAUGUGUGAAAGUUUGGGACAUAAGUCAACCAGGGAACAAGAGCCCAGUUUCCCAGUUGGAUUGCCUGCCACGUGACAACUACAUCCGCUCUGUGCGGCUCCUCCAUGACGGCCAUACCUUAGUCGUUGGUGGAGAAGCUUCAACUCUCACCAUUUGGGACUUGGCCGCUCCUACUCCUCGUAUUAAAGCUGAGCUGACCUCCAGUGCCCCAGCAUGCUACGCGCUUGCCAUAAGCCCAGACUCCAAGGUGUGCUUUAGCUGCUGCAGUGACGGCAACAUUGCUGUCUGGGACCUCCAUAAUCAAACGCUAGUCAGACAAUUUCAAGGGCACACAGAUGGCGCUAGUUGUAUAGACAUCUCCCCAGAUGGCACAAAACUGUGGACAGGAGGAUUGGACAAUACUGUUCGCUCAUGGGACCUCAGAGAGGGUCGCCAGUUGCAACAACAUGACUUUACUUCCCAGAUCUUUUCUCUGGGCUACUGUCCUACUGGAGAAUGGCUGGCUGUGGGGAUGGAGAGUAGUAAUGUGGAAGUGCUACAUCAUUCUAAGCCAGACAAGUAUCAGCUGCAUCUUCAUGAGAGUUGUGUGUUGUCACUGAAGUUUGCAUAUUGUGGGAAGUGGUUUGUGAGCACAGGAAAAGAUAACCUGCUGAAUGCUUGGAGGACACCAUAUGGUGCUAGCAUAUUCCAGUCCAAGGAGUCCUCUUCUGUUCUCAGUUGUGACAUAUCUGCAGAUGACAAGUAUAUUGUUACUGGAUCAGGUGAUAAAAAAGCAACACUCUACGAAGUCAUAUUUUAAGACUGGAUGUAACAGAGCUCAGAUGAGCAUAAAGUUAACUGUAAUGCCAGAGUGUGAUGCAUGUUAAACAUCUGCUGCAGAAUGUAGGACAUCAUUGGUACUCGAUGCUCUAUUAAAUUGCUUUGGUUUAAUUAAGCGAAUACAAGCCUAAAAACCCCAGGGACAGGCUAAUGUAAAAACAUCAAAUAAGUGAUGAACGUUUGAACCAGUCUUUGCAUUGAAAGAAAAAUUGACUCAACUAAGGAUGAUGUCCCAAGCAGAUUUUCCUGAAGCUUUGGUGCCAGACAAGCCAUUUUAAUUGCUGUUAAAAGUGUAAAUACAAAAGAGGAAGAGCAGAGGGGCUUACAGAUUAUUUUAGGGCUGAUUAAUAUUGAGUCAAGUGCAACAAGUAUCCCAAUAACUGUGUAUAUUAUCUUAAAGUAAAUUAAAGUACAUCCUUUACUUAUUGUUUCUUACAAAGAACCUAGUUAACAAUGUAGCAUAUAUGAUAAUCAGGUGACCAAAUGUAACUAAACAUACACGAGGUGUUACAUGUUGGAACGAAACUCUUCACAUAAUACUUUAUACCUUUAAUGUAUUGCAAGUUUUAUCUUUUGGGAGUAAGAGCACUUGGUUGCUUAGCAUUGCAAUAUGCCUUUCAGCUGUUGUGUUGUCAUGACAGCAUAUUGUGAACACGGUAAAUGGUAGAUGUUAGCAUUGUAAAUAAGUGAUCUUCAAAAGAUCUGGUUUCGCCUCCCACCCCUCCCCUUGCUUUGUUUGUUGCCAGGCAUGCAGCAUGCGAAGUGAUCUCUAAUAUCAUUCCCAUUUUUGUGUGUUACAGUAUUUAUAAAUGUCCUUUUCUUGGGAAUUUUUCUGGGGCAUUUAAGAAGUUGCUCAUAGCAUUGCAGUGUGUAAAGCUUUUUUUGAAAUACUACCUGUGUGUUGUACAAAUAAAUUGGCAGCUUAGAGUAGAGAAGUCGAGAUAAAAUUUGAGUUUAAUUGCUCACCACAUUAACUUAGCUCGAGUGUCCCAGGUUUUCUUUUUAUUUGCAAAAAGUUCAAGUAGUUUAAAUUUCUGGAAUUUUAGCUCUCAGGGAAUGAAAGUACAGUGGAUACAGUGUACGUUAUUUUCUGCUGCAUGCCCUCAUUGUAAAUUUGUGUAAUAUAUAUGAGAUUUCUAUUACGAGUAUGGUUUCAACAAGCCAAUGUGACCUCUUUGUUUUUUAAAGUAGGGUAAAACACUUGUGAACUACUGUACAGAGAAUGACUGUGUAUUUUUUCUCUUUGCAAAAUAAACUAUGAAAGUUUA